UAUCCCGGAAGAUGUCCCUUUCCUCCUGACACGUAGGAGCGGCUAUUGAGCUGGCACUUCCUCCGGCGUAUUGUCAAACUCCGAGGUUGAGAGAUGUCUGGGUUUGACAACCUCAACACGGACUUCUACCAGUCCAGCUAUAGUGUAGAUGACCAGAACCAAGCUGCUGGGCAAUAUAGUCAAUAUGACUACUCCCAGCAAAUGGGCUACCCCGCCCCAGGAAUGAUGCAGGCCCAACAGCCAUACACGGGACAAAUCUUCCAGCCCACGCAAACCUAUACUCCAUCCUCAUCACAAUCCAUGUACAGUAGUGGUUUUGAUGAUGAGCCCCCACUACUGGAAGAGUUAGGUAUCAACUUUGACCACAUCUGGCAAAAGACUCUGACGGUCCUCCAUCCUCUGAAGGUCGCCGACGGCAGUAUUAUGAACGAGACAGACCUGGCUGGCCCCAUGGUCUUCUGCUUGGCAUUCGGUGCAACACUUCUCUUGGCCGGUAAGAUCCAGUUUGGCUAUGUGUACGGCAUCAGCGCAAUUGGCUGCCUGGGCAUGUACUGCCUGCUCAACCUCAUGAGCAUGACGGGCGUGUCGUUCGGCUGCGUGGCCAGCGUCCUGGGAUACUGCCUCCUUCCCAUGAUUGUUCUCUCCAGCUUCGGAGUCAUCUUCUCAUUACAGGGUCUAUUGGGAAUCAUCCUCACAGCAGCCAUCAUCGGCUGGUGCAGUCUGUCUGCGUCAAAGAUCUUCAUCUCUGCCUUGGCCAUGGAUGGGCAGCAGCUGCUGGUGGCGUACCCAUGCGCGCUGCUCUACGGCGUCUUUGCACUCAUCUCCGUCUUCUAAAAAGCACAUUUCAUCCAGGUUUGAAACAACAGCUCUCUGCUGUCUGUGAUUGUCAUUAUUAACUAAUUGCACCAAUUACGGUCACAGGAUUUUACAAUGGAACCAAGGUUAUCUUCUUUUUUUUUUUUUUCCAUUUACCACCCAUUAACUGUCACCACAUUCCAAUGGGACGAUCUGCAGGCUGGAGUGCAGAAUCCCCCCCCCCCCCCCCCCCUCUCUACUCCUCCUGCUCGUUGAGAUGAAGCCAUGAGAACACACUGCAGAAGGGUGAGAAUCCAUUGGGACGUGCCUCGAUUUAAACCAGACUGAAAUCAGCUGAAUUGUAGGCUAAGAUUAAAGCCAGCAGAGGGCGCCACAUGUCCCCAUGUUGUUGAUGAUGUCAUGCACAUCCAUGGACACUUCACUUCCAAGCAGGACAUCACCAUUUUCUUCUGCUACUUCUCACAAAGUGGAAGAGAUUCUCUUGGGAUUCUUUUUCUUUUUUGGGAUGCCUUUCUAAAAUCCACAAACACCCAAGAGGCAAAAUUAGUUAACUCAAUUGGUAUCCACGGACAUGCCCACUCGAAGAUCUAUCUGCAUCAUUUGGUUUCUCGCUGUUUAUUUUAGAACGCACAGUUUUGUAUGCUUCAACGUGCCGUGUGUCAAUCAUGUCACAACGGUAGUGGUAUGUCAAUAAAAGAUAAAAGU